ACUAAAUUUGGCCAAACGCGUCUGUCUUAGGCGCUUGUGACGUGUUGUUUUUUUUAUAAAAUAUGUUUUGUAUCCAUUAAAAGAUAAAUACAUUAUACAUCAAACGCUGCUAUAGCUUACUUUUGCCGGGACCCACACACCAAGCACAAUGUUGACCCUAAGGGAGCGUCAAAUAAAUGCUAUUAAGCAAAUGCUUAAUUUAAACUCGCAGCAGCCCAAGGCCCUGGCAGCGGAGCCCGUUUGGAAGAUCCUCAUCUACGACCGUGUGGGACAGGACAUCAUCUCGCCGGUCAUCUCCAUCAAGGAGCUGCGUGAACUGGGCGUGACAUUGCAUGUACAACUCCAUUCGGAUCGCGACUCCAUACCCGACGUGCCGGCCAUCUACUUCUGCCUGCCCACCGACGAGAAUCUCGACCGCAUCCAGCAGGACUUCUCCAACGGCCUGUACGACAUCUAUCACCUGAACUUCCUGGCGCCCAUUACGCGCACCAAGAUCGAGAACCUGGCCGCCGCCGCCCUGCACGCCGGCUGCGUGGCCAACAUCCACAGGAUGUACGAUCAGUACGUGAAUUUCAUCAGCCUCGAGGACGACUUUUUCGUGCUGAAACACCAGCAGAGCGACCAGCUGUCCUACUACGCCAUCAACCGGGCCAAUACGCGCGACGAGGAGAUGGUGGCGCUAAUGGACUCCAUUGUGGACUCACUCUUCGCCCUGUUCGUCACUCUGGGCAAUGUGCCCAUCAUCCGCUGUCCACGGAACUCUGCCGCCGAGAUGGUGGCCAGGAAGCUGGAGAAGAAGCUGCGCGAAAACCUCUGGGAUGCACGCGCUAAUCUGUUCCACAUGGACGCCACCCAGGCAGGCGGCGGAGUGUUCAGCUUCCAGCGGCCUGUUCUGCUGCUGCUGGACAGGAAUAUGGAUCUGGCCACGCCGCUGCAUCACACAUGGUCGUACCAGGCAUUAGUCCACGAUGUUCUGGACCUCGGCCUGAACCUGGUCUACGUCGAGGAUGAGGCGGCAGGAGGAGCCCGAAAGAAGCCGAAGGCCUGUGAUCUGGACCGCAACGAUCGCUUCUGGAUGACCCACAAGGGCAGUCCCUUUCCCACGGUGGCCGAGGCCAUACAGGAGGAGCUGGAAUCCUAUCGGAACUCGGAGGAUGAAAUCAAGCGCCUCAAAACCUCGAUGGGCAUCGAGGGAGAGUCGGACAUUGCCUUCUCGCUGGUCAACGACACCACGACACGCCUCACCAACGCCGUCAACUCGCUGCCGCAGCUGAUGGAGAAGAAGCGGCUGAUCGACAUGCACACCAAGAUUGCCACUGCCAUCCUCAACUACAUCAAGGCGCGCCGUCUGGACUCGUACUUUGAGAUUGAGGAGAAGGUCAUGUCGAAGCAGACGCUGGACAAGCCGCUGCUGGAGCUGCUGCGGGACCCGGAGUUUGGCCAGUCGGAGGACAAGCUGCGGCUGUUCAUCAUUUAUUACAUCUGCGCCCAGCAGCUGCCCGAGUCAGAGGUGGAGCGUCUCAAGGAGGCCCUGCAGGCCGCCGGCUGUGACUUGACCGCGCUGGCCUACGUGCAGCGCUGGAAGGCGCUGAUGAAUCGCUCGCCCGGCAUCAGCCAAGCCACCCAGUACGAGGGCGGCGGCACCAAAACCGUUUCCAUGUUCACCAAACUUGUCUCGCAGGGCAGCUCCUUCGUCAUGGAGGGCGUCAAGAAUCUGGUUGUGAAGCGGCACAACCUGCCUGUCACCAAGAUCACGGAGCAGGUCAUGGAGUGCCGCAGCAAUGCCGAAACGGAUGACUAUCUGUAUCUGGACCCCAAGCUGCUGAAGGGUGGCGAUGUGCUGCCCAAGAAUCGUGCCCCAUUCCAGGAUGCCGUCGUCUUCAUGGUCGGCGGCGGCAACUACAUUGAGUACCAGAAUCUGGUGGACUUCAUCAAGCAGAAGCAGACGUCCAACGUGCAGAGGCGCAUAAUCUACGGCGCCUCCACGCUGACCAACGCGAGGCAGUUCCUCAAGGAGCUCUCCGCCCUGGGCGGCGAGAUUCAAUCCCCCGCGACGACAAGUUAGGAGCGGCUGCUCCGAUUCCAUUGCUGCUGAGCGGGCAACUGGACAGGGAUUAGCAGGGCAGGUCAGGGCAGGACUGGGCUGGGUGCAUGUGUCCGAGUGGCUUCUUUCUUUUUACUUUAAGAAUAUCCAAAAAUAAAUUAAAUGCAAGGCAAAAGAAAA